AUGUCUCCACGCAAAGCUAUGAAGUUCUUCGAUGAUGAGCAAGAAGAAUGGCUCAAAACCAAGGUCGACGGCUUCGAGCAAUCAAUGGGCAAAGAAAUCGAGCGCAAACUCUGGUAUGCGACACUACGUAAGGAGUGGAGUGAUAGGUGGGAUCUCAAACCAGAACAGCUCCAUAUGUUUCCCACCUACUUCAGAAAUGCCCUCCUCAAACGCGGCACCUAUAAAGUAACAAAGCCCAGGAACCAAACUCGAACUCGUUGCAAGGCGUUUCGCACUAGAUCUUCAGCUUCAGCCCUGAAGCUGAAGGACGAGAAACGCGGCUCCUCUCGGGUCACAGAACCUGCCGCCCGCUCUCGUACGCGUCGCUCUGGUGCCCGCACCAGAGCUGAGGUCCGAGAGCUUCAUUCACUACUGGCACCCACUUCUCGCCAUCAAUACAAACGAACUUUAUCUUCUCGGGGCGACGAGGGCUUAGCACCUCCUUCGGCUGCCUUGUCGUCCUCUGGUACUCCAAACAUUGCCCUCGAUGAUGAAAUGAUAGACCAACUUGCCUCAGACGACGAAAUGAUAGACCAACUUGCCUCAGACGACGAAAUGAUAGACCAGCUUGCCUCAGACGACAACGGGAACACUCUCUUGACGCAAACUCCAUGCGUUCGGCAAUACGACAUCCAAGAUACUUCAACUUCAUUGCUAGAAAUCGAUAUGCCUGGCGUCAGCGCUAAUGAUGUCUCCCUUCUUCUUGACGAUGGGCGCCUUGUCGUGCAUGGGCGCACCGAGUUCAGGGGUCGUGUUUGGAGCUACCAAUGGGAGGGCCACGUCGACUCAUCUAUUCCUGCCGAACACUUUCAGUGUGGUAUGCAGUACGGCAGGCUGGGCAUAGCAUGGCUAGAAUCUUCGCAGCCAGAGGACCAGUUGCCAAACACAUCCCACCACUUACUCACUGGCGAAAUCUCUUUCUCAUGA